AUGCCGAUGCGGAAGCGUUGCUCCCCACACCCUGCAAUGCAUAGCAGUCUAAGGGAUAGCCUCAGCAACCAAGACAACAAUUUGCGCGCGGAGCGCGUACCGCCAUAUGGCAUAUUUUCCCCAUUGAACUACAAUCGCCAGAAAUUUGAUCCCCUCUUUAAGCACUCUUUGUGGACGAUGAACCAGUUUCUUCAGUCUGGAAUCACAGGUGAUGCACUUGCAGAUUUUUUUCGACCGCAUUAUGAUCCUUCCCGAUGCUUUUGGUUGGAUGUGGCCAAGCCGACACUUGACGAUAUUUCCUACCUGCAGCAGCUAUUUGACCUGGAGACCGAGACUAUUGCAAGAAUCAUUUCCCAUAUGACAACCCCCAUGAUCAGUCACUCACUACCAAAAAUUAUUCACAAUCCUCGGUAUAUUGUGAUUCUUGCAAUUGCAUUUGACGCUACUCCUUUGACUACAUACUAUUCCGGGGUGGCUGCACAACUAGAUGCAAAGGAUCGCCCACGUCUUACUCCUAUUGAGGAUCAGAGUUCAUUUUCACUAUAUGCGCCUUUGCCCUCUGAAGCCCAUAGCGUGGCAACGAGGAAGCUUACGGACCACCGGCUCAACAUAUGUGCAAUUGCAUUGGGAGACUCGCUCAUCACCCUUCGCCUUUCUGCCCUAUCAUACUGUGGCAGUUUUUUCGAUGCCAUCAGCAGAAACCAUCAUGGCACACUUUCCGUACGCAUUCAAAAUAUGCCUGUAGACAAUCUAAGUGCGAGCCAUCAACACCAUAUGGAUUAUCAGCAGCAGAAUUGCGUGAAUACUCAACAUAAGGGCCAUCAAAAAAGCUUAUCUCAGGACAGCAUCGAUGGCUCCUAUAACGUAUGGCGUGUGGCUCUUCCUAGAGCGUUUUCUGGAGACGUAGUGGCCUAUCCUCAAAUAGUCGCUCUGCUUUAUCACGUCUGUUUUGAACGUCUGGCCGCCACUUAUUUUUCUCUUUUUCAAAAAGAAACCGAGCUAUUCCUCGAUCGGUUCGAAGAGUCCAAACUUGCCUCCAUCACUAGGAUCCGAUACCUUGUCCCGCAUUUUGAACUUUUCGCGGGUCUUGGUGUCGAGCGUAGUGACGCCUGCCUUCCCGACGCUUUAGAGCAGCUUGCUGCUAUUGAGAUGAACUUGAACUGCGCUCUUGAAGAGCAUUGCCAGGUUGCAGAACUAGCGUUGAUUGCAUCGUGCUCCUACAGAGACGCCUUGCUUAAAAAAUUGACAGUUAUCACUUUUAUCUCGAUGCCGAUAUCCAUCAUUAGCGCUCUUUUUAGCAUGAACAUUCCUCUGCCGUGGGUUUAUGCAGAUCCUGUGGCGUUGCCGCCGCUUUCGUUUCUUUACCACUACAACUACUCGGCAACACCUUUCUACUGCACAUUGGUGAUCAUGCUGAUCCUUUCGCUACUGAUGGUUUAUGGAUCUAUUUUCUCUCCCACAAGAAAGGACAUCACUGAAACUCAAGGUAUUGAUAUCAACCCUUCUCCCGAGGACACCUACCCCACUUGA